UGGGGGCUGGGGGGCCGGAGAGGCGUGGCCCGAACAGAGCUGGAAGGGGAGCCCGGACCUCCUGGGCCCACGCUGAGACGCGCCGGGCUGCAGCCGCGGAACCCCGUCGCCCCUCUGCCCCCUGACUUCCCCUUCUCCCUUAGACCUCUCCACUCUCCGCCCUCCCACCUCCCCGACACCCCCUCAGGUCCCACUGCCCCCUCUCCGGCGGGAUUCCCUGACCUCUCUUCCCACUCUCACCGCUCCUGGGGUAGCGGUGAGGCAACCUCGCCUGGACCCUGUCCCCCUCUCGCCCAGCCUCUCCUUUCUCUCUUCGCCCUCGCGCCAACUUCCCUCGUUUUUCUCUCUUCUCACAUCCUGGGGACUGUCUCUGAUACCCAAUAACCUGUACUGACAAAUCUGACUCCUGCCUCUUUGCCCUGAAUCUCCACUCUUCCUCUCAACCCAUCCCCCGACCGCCAUCAACUUGACUCUUAGUUUCCCCUUCACUUUCUCAGUUUUUCCCCUUUCUCUGCUCCCCCCUCUUUCCCUCUGUCCUCACCCGCAGCUCCUCUGCCCUCCUCUGUGUCCCACCUCUCCGCUCCACUUCCUCCCCUCCCACCCCCAUUCUCACCCCCUGGGCCUCUCUGGAGCCUCUCCUUCCUGUUCUCUGCCCCCAGCGUUCCCCACCCUCCCCAAGGGGACCAUGGCCACCAUCCCGGACUGGAAGCUACAGCUGCUAGCCCGGCGCCGGCAGGAGGAGGCAGCCGUUCGUGGCCGGGAGAAGGCAGAGCAGGAGCGGCUGUCCCAGAUGCCAGCCUGGAAGCGGGGGCUUCUGGAGCGCCGCCGGGCCAGGCUUGGUCUGUCUCCCGGGGAGCCUAGCUCUGCGCCUGGGACUACGGAGGCUGGACCUCCAGACCCAGACGAGUCUGCUGUCCUCCUGGAGGCCAUUGGGCCAGUGCACCAGAACCGAUUUAUUCGGCAAGAGCGCCAGCAGCAGCAACAGCAGCGGAGUGAAGAGCUACUUGCCGAGAGACGGCCUGGGUCUUUAGAGGCCUGGGAGCGGAGACCCAGCCCUGGGGAGAUGCGGGAUCAGAGCCCCAAGGGAAGAGAGUCAAGAGAAGAGCGGCUCAGUCCCAGGGAAGCCCGAGAGAGGAGGCUGGGGAUAGGGGGAGCUCGAGAGUCGAGCCCCAGGCCUUUGGAGGCUCGAGACUGGAGGCAGAGCCCAGGAGAGGCUGGAGACAGGAGCUCCAGACUGUCAGAGGUGAGGAAAUGGAGGCUGAGCCCUGGAGAAACUCCAGAGCGGAGUCUGAGACUGGCAGAGCCUCAAGAACAAAGCCCCAGGAGAAAAGAGGUGGUGGAAGAUAGACUGAGCCCAGUGGAGUCAGACAACCAGAAGUUGGGCCUGACAGAGGCCCAUAAAUGGAGGCCUGACUCCAGAGAGUCUCAGGAGCAGAGUUGGGUACAACCGGAGGCAUCAGAGUGGAGGCUGAGCUCAGGAGAAGAAAGAAAAGACUGCUCAGAGGAAUGUGGGAGACAAGAAGACAGGCCAAGUCCAAGGAUGGUCCCAAAAGAGAUUACAGCGUCCUCAGAGACCCUGACAAGGGAGGCUCCAGAGAGCGGUUCUGGAGGAGUGGGGGCAGCAGAACAGAGGCCCACCCCUGCGGAGGAUGGCGAGAGGGGCUUGAGGCUGACAGAAGGGUGGAAAUGGACGCUGAACUCUGGGAAGGUUCGAGACUGGACACCCAGGGACACAGAGACUCAAACUCAGAAACCAGACCCUCCAGAGUCGGCCGAGAAGCACCUGAGUCCUCUCGCUGCAGAGGCUGGAGGAGGGGAAGCUGAGAAGGAGGAGGCAGGGGCUCAGGGCAGGCCUCUGAGCGCCCUGCAGAACCGCUGCUCUGUGCCCUCCCCCCUCCCACCAGAGGACGCUGGGACUGGAGGCUCUAGACAGCAGGAAGAGGAAGCAGGGGAACUCCGGCCCCCACCAGCAGCCCCUCUGUCUCCCCCACCCCCAGCCCCACCUGCCCCCCAGUCCCCUGGGGAUCCCCUCAUGAGCCGGCUGUUCUAUGGGGUGAAGGCAGGGCCAGGGGUGGGGGCCCCCCGCCGCAGCGGACACACCUUCACAGUCAACCCCCGGCGGUCCGUGCCCCCUGCAGCCCCUGCCACUCCGGCCAGCCCAGCCACAGCUGACGCUGCAGUCGCUGGGGCUGGGAAGAAGCGGUACCCAACUGCCGAGGAGAUCUUGGUUCUGGGGGGCUACCUCCGCCUCGGCCGCAGCUGCCUUGUCAAGGGGUCCCCUGAAAGGCACCACAAACAGCUCAAGAUCUCCUUCAGCGAGACAGCCCUGGAGACCACGUACCAAUACCCCUCCGAGAGUUCGGUGCUGGAGGAGCUGGGCCCGGAGCCUGAGGCCCCCAGUGCCUCCAGUCCCCCAGUGGCCCAACCCGACGACGAAGAGGAUGAGGAGGAACUGCUACUGCUGCAGCCGGAGCUCCAGGGCGGGCUGCGCACCAAAGCCCUGAUAGUGGAUGAGUCUUGCCGGAGGUGACCCUCUUCCAACACUGGGAUAUACCUCCCUCCUUCCCAGAACUGAAGAUCCUGGAGCCCAGAAGGUUCAGAGCAGACAGACCCUGAACAUGAGCCUGGCAGGGAAGGGCAACCAAUACCUUCCAACUUGCUUUCCUCGUCCUGUUUCUGGGGGCGGAGGCAACUGCGCAGUUUCCACCCUCAGCAGACAUGCAGGUGCAUCCUAGGUGACCCAAGAUCCCCAUCAAGUCCUGGGGAGGAGCACAGAGCUCGCGGGGUGCGGUGGGGGGUACGGAUGGAGCACCCUCUCCAUCUCCAUGGGCAGGGUAACUCUCCCCACAGCCUUCCUUGACUCCCCACCACCCCCUGGGGCUCUCGGGAUUUAAGUACCCAUGUCCCUGGGAGACCUGGCCCCCACUGCAUUUACAGGCACCUCUCCCUCCUGUUCCUUAGGUCACUGCCCCUUUGUUUACAGCGCCUGCCUCCUCUCUUGACCACAGCCUGGUUUACAAAACCCCCCAGUUCCCAGCCCCACCUGCCAAAGUCCCGGGUUGACAAGCCACGUUUACUUGUGUGUCCACAUAGAAUCCUCUCCCCUGUCCCCUGAAGUCACCUCAUUGGGGUGACCUGGGGGUAUGGCUUCCUCCACCUUUGCUCAGUAUUACUGUCUCAGUUUUCCCCAAGAGGGAAGGCUGGGAACCUUAACUCUGUAUCCCCCUCUAGUUAUUUAAUUCUGUUCCUCCUAGUGGUUCACAAUUGAACUGAAUUGCGAGGGUGUGGGGUGAGUAAUGAGGCACCUCAACUUUCUUCCCCCAAUUCUCCUUCCUUCUCAAUUGCCUGGUUUUUUGGUUUUGUUUGUCUUUUUUUAACUUUCCAUAAUAAAGUGGAGCUCUCUCCGA